UGCUCUUGCCCCCUUUCGCUGAGCCGCCCCCCUCUCUUUUUCCUCUCCUCCUCCCUCUCGACGCUGGGAUGCUUGUCAAGUCCUCCGCCGUCCUCGCUGCCGUGCUGGCCUCUGCCUCGGCCACCACUUUCUCGUGCAGCUCCCAGGGCACCACCGCCUGGGGUCCUCAGAUCACCUACAACGGCCAGAGCUACACCCUCCCUCUCGGAGAGUACAACCUGUUCCUUUCCCAGGACUACCAAACGUCGACUUCGGAUGUCGAGGGCCGCGGUGCCAUCGGCGGCAACCUCAACGUCGCUGCCGACUUUGGUGCCCAGCUGUACUCCAACUUUGGCUCGCAGCCUGACUCCUGCCCUGCUGUCGCCUCUCUCCUGAGCGCCAACAAUCUCUAUCCCGGCCUGCGCUACACGGUCGUUGUUGGUGGCAAGCUCCAGAGAUUCCCCUCCCGUGUGUCGUACGGUGAUCUCAUCUAUGCCCAGAAGGCUUCCAACAUUGGCGAUGGCUCCUUCUUCCCCCUGACCAACCCCUGUCACGCCUACCAGAGCAACUCGGACAGUCUGCCGGUCAACUUCAAGUCGUCCUUCAGCUACUUGAACAACCUGUCAUCGUACAUGUCGCAGCUCCAUACCACCGGUACUUGGGCGUCGAGCCCCACCCGUGCCAAGGACUGUGUUCUGACUCUGCACGGCAACCUCGAUACCGAAGUCGUCUCGGUGGACUCGGGCGUCCUUGCCCAGUGCGACACGUUCAUCUAUUCGCAGAGCUCUUUCACCGGAACUCUCAUCUUGAACGUCAACGGCCAAGCCCCCAGCCUCAAGAACUUCAACAUUGACUCUCUCCUCCCCAACCGCAACCACAUCAUUUGGAACUUUUACCAGGCCAACCAGCUGACUAUCACGGGUGUUUCCUUCCAUGGAACUGUUUUGGCCCCCAACGCCGCCAUCUCUCAAAAGUCGUCCGGGCAGAUCAACGGCAACGUCUUUGCCAAGAGUUUGACCGGCUCUAUCCAAGUCAACUUGGCUCCCUACUCGGGCUGCGUUCCCACGCCUCUUCCCAGCUCGAGCUCGUCCUCCAGCUCCACUUCCACCACCACCACCACUUCUCCCACCCCUUCCUCCUCGUCCACCACCACCACCACUACCACCACCACCACUACCACCACCUCCUCCUCAUCCUCCUCGACUACCUCGGACACUCCUACUCCCUCCAGCUCCACCACCACUUCCACCACCACUUCUCCCAUCCCUUCCUCCUCGUCCACCACCACCACCACCACCUCGGACACUCCCACUCCCUCCAGUUCUACCACCACCACCACUUCUAGCUCGAGCCUUGUCUACUCGGCUUCUUCUAGCGCAAGUUCCAGUGCUGCUCCCACCGGUGUGAUUUCCUCUUCGACCACUUCGGACACCCCUACUCCCACCGUCACUCCCUCCGUCACUCCCACCGUCACUCCUUCCGUCACUCCCACCGUCACUCCUUCCGUCACUCCCACCGUCACUCCCUCCGUCACUCCUACCGUCACUCCCACCGUCACACCCUCCGUUACUCCCACCGUCACUCCCUCCGUUACUCCCACCGUUACUCCCACCGUUACUCCUACCGUCACUCCCUCCGUCACUCCCUCCGUUACUCCCACCGUUACUCCCACCGUCACUCCCUCCGUUACUCCCACUUCUGGUUCCACUUCCUCCUCCAGCUCCAGUCUCGUCUACUCGGCUUCUUCCAGCAUCUUCUCCAGUGCCGCCCCCACUGCCGUGAUUUCUUCAUCCUCCUCGGGCGCUCCCACUCCCUCCGUCACUCCCACUUCAGUUUCCUCCUCCUCCAGCUCCAGUCUCGUUUACUCGGCUUCUUCCAGCGCUGCUUCCAGUGCCGCUCCCACCGGCGUUACAACUGGUUCUUCCUCAAGUGCUUCCACCCCCUGCACUGUGUCUUCCAGUGUUUCAACUAGCGCCUCUGCUGUCUCCAGCUCAGGCCCCACAGUUGCCACCAGUUCUGUUGCUUAUUCUACCGCGACUAUGAGCGCUUCCAGCUCGGCUUCCGCUUCUUCAUCGGCCGCCCCGACCUAUUCUUCUGCCACCCCCACCUCCUCUCUGCCUUCAUAUAGCAGUGCCUCAGUUGCUCCCAUCAGCUCCGCUACAUCCACCGGCUCUGUCGCCUCCACCAGCACCGCUCGCCCCUACAAGUGUGUUCCCAUCGCUACUGAUCGCCCUUACGUCCGAAAGCGCGAUCAGAUCAAGAACAUCUAACCGCACACGACUGAGGCUCAUGUACAAACCUUGUCCCUCCGACCCAACCAACCUGAAGGGUGUCUAUUUCUUUCAUUCAACUUUUCUGUUCUAAAAUGUCUUCACCCCUAUGUGCCUAAGGUUCAAUCUUGCUCUAUUGUUCUCUAUGUUGGUCCUCCGCCUUUCCCAUGUCUUCUUCUACGACCCUGUUGCUGGUGCUGCCAGCCGCCUAUAGACUAUCCUCGCCCCUCUCCUCCUCGCUGCUUUGGCCGUGUCUGACGAUAUGACGAACAAUACAAAUCAAAGAAUAUUGCUUUUUGUGACAAU